ACCGCGCUUGUACCUCUACGUCUCGUUGCUGCAUUGCUCCAUUGUAUUUACCAGCAUUAACUGAAACACUUAUAAGGCGCACUCUGAAUAUACUGCUGUAGACUUUUCAUUGAGCUUCACGGUCGUCCACCAUGGCUACGAACCUAUACGAAACAUUGGGAUUAAACCGAGACGCUUCACCAGAGCAGGUCCGUAAGGCAUAUAGGCAGAAAGCUCUCCAAACCCACCCCGACAGACUUCCUCCUGGUGCAUCAUCUGUAGAGAAGUCCGCAGCUGAGGAGCUCUUCCGAAAUGUAAACAAUGCAUACGAAGUCCUGAGCGACCCUCACAAUCGUAGGGUUUAUGAUCAACAUGGAGUAUGGCCUCCACAACAGUACGAAGCACCGCCCAUGCCAGGUCGUCAUCGCAGCAGAGGAGCGGGCAAUUCAUUCCCGGAUCCCUACUUUGACUUUGGAAGAAUGCAUGAUCCCUUUGGAUUCAGCUUUGGCGGCUUUGGUUCCUCUCAGCAGCAGAACCGGGGUUUCACCGAUCCUUUCGAGUUAUUCAACUCGAUUUUCGGAGAUAUGCAUCAACAAUUUAGCCAGUUCAAUAAUGACUCUUUCCUCGACCCUUUCGGUGGCCAUGGACGUAGUCGCGGGCGCACUAACACUUUCAAUGGUUUCGGCCCAUCGUUCCCAUUCGGACCCUCCAUUAUGGUGUCUAAUGGCAAUGGGCAUGGACGCUCAGGAUUUCAUCAGUCCCAACAUAGCUUCUCAAGUGGUAGUGGACAAGGACGAUGGGUCUCCGAAAGCAGGUCCAUGACAACCAUCAACGGCGUAACCGAAAGUAAGUGGACUCGGAGGGAUUCGAGUGGAAAUGAACACAUAACAUAUACUUACCCCGAUGGUACUGAACGUACCACUAUCAAUGGUGUGGAACAGUCUUCUCCUCACAAUGAUCGGUACAUACAACCUCCGCCCCCUUACCCUGGGCAUGCCGACGUGGCUGGUCUCCCUCCUCCUCCCGUCGUUUCGCCGCGACCCAAUCGACACAAUUCAGCUCGCCCGGACAACAGACAAUAUGGUAACGACCGCAUUAACAGCCCUGAUGAAAAGGCUUCUUGGAGGUUCUGGAGGUGAAGUGCCUUUUAUACUCCUUCCACUCAAUCCUAUCAUGUACUAUUUCCCACUUACAUGCAUCUGCGCGAUUCUUUUGUUUUGUUUUCUCUCUAUGAUAUGUAUCGCUUGUUGACCUCUCUUUGUUCGAAACCCAUUACUGUAUUCCCUCAAUCCCCUAGUCCUGUUUUCCCCCUUUUCGUUGCUAUUGAAAUUUAAGUUUCUUAGAGGAGCUUUGCACAUGUUUAAUGUAGUAUAUUGUAUCUUGUUCAGCCU